AUGGGUCGCAACAGGCGCACGGAGCCCUCUCAGACACCGAGGGGCUCCCAACAACACCCCUCUCAGGGCCUCAUGGACCCCUUUUUACACCCGACCCCCGGUUCUGGAGGAGAGCCGGCGGGCCCGAGCUCAACGCCACCGUCCCCUGCCUCCUCCUCGGGAACAGAGCACUCCUCCCUGGCUCGGAUAGGUGAGGAACUCCGAUCCAUCGCGGCCUCUAUGGCCACUAAAACCGACUUGCUCACACUUACCACCACGAUACAAGAUGCCUUACGCUCGGAGAUGGCGGACAUCAGGACGGAAGUGACCGCCCACGGAACCCGCAUUGAGGCUCUGGAAACCGCAAUGGAGACCCAAUCCUCCAGGAUCUCAUCGACUGACCUGGCAAUUGCGCGGCAAGGAGACAUGCUCCUCGAUAUGAGGAGACACCUGGAGGACCUCGAUAAUAGAGGCCGCAGGUGCAACAUUCGGGUAAGGGGGGUCCCGGAGACAGAGGGAGGGGAGAAUGCAGCGGAGGUCCUGUCAGGCCUUUUUAAGAUGCUGCUACAGGCUGAGGCCCCCGAACGUUUUGGUGAUGAAAACCCAUAA